UUAAUUUUAAUCAGAUGUGAUGAUGAUGAAUUGUGUGUGUGACACAAACAUGUGUUUUCUUUUAGUUUGCAUCUUAUUGCAGGAAAGGGUGGAAGCUGAUGCAAUCUGUCAAAUUUUGCCUGUUUAUAAACCGGCAUCCCCUAUCACCAAAUAUGGUCUAAUGGUUUGUGUUAAUUGUCUGUGUAAAAUGAAGACAAAGUCUGUUCCUGUAAACACGUUUACUGCAGUAUUUUACUGAGGAAAAGGAGGAUGUAAGCAGGUUCACCGUCAUUUAUUAAGCUGAUUUUAUAAGCCCCCCACAUAUAAUAAUGCGGUAGCUGUUACUGCAAUACAUAAAAUAUUUAGACAGUAUUUGAAAUUUAUACAAAACUGACUGACCUACAUAUCCAUCUACCUACUCUGGAUAUGAACCGUCUCUACACCCCUGUUCUUAUGUUAGGUUUUUGUGAAAAAAUAUCAGACCAUGUCAAAUAAUACUGAAAAAAAAAAAUCUCGGGAAAAAAAAAAUCUCUGGAAAAAAAUACGAGAACAUUUGAACAUUACUUCAUGUUAGUCAGAGGCACUUUAGAUGGUGGUAGAUGACUGCUGACACCCAUUUGAAUGUGAUUGGUGAAUUCCAAAUACAGCCACAUCCCAGUUAUAAGAGGUUGUGCACUCUAGUGAAACCACAUGAUAUCAGUUUUGUUUUGUUUUUUUACAUAUUGUUUGGAUUUUUUUUGGUUUUGUUUUUUUUUACAUAUUCUCUCGAAACAAUUUAUUUGUUGUAAUUGUGUUGCUGUACGGGUCAGAGGUCAUACUAAUGGUGGCAAAUAUUUUGAAAUUACUGCAUUUCUCUAUCUUGCUCUGUCACCAUCCCUUCACAAACAUCACAAAUGUUAGUACAUUGCAACAACAUUACUUUGGAAUCAAUAUACAAUCAUGGGAAAUAAUGUAAAUAAAAUUAUUUGUUUUUAUCUUAAAUUGUCACCAUAAUAACACCUUUGCUAACUGGACAAGCAUUUUUUAAAAGGAGCAAUUACCAUUAUUAGCUGUUCAAAGCGAGAAAGACUGUAUCUUACAGUUUUUCUCAGCCUCUUUGGUACUGUUCUCAGAUGAGAAGUGAAGUUCUCCAAACCACUGGUUUAAUCUUCACAUCAGUGUAUACAUAAACCUAACAAGCAAACAGGUUCAAGAAGUUGUCAUACUGUGUGUUAAAUGUAUUUUUAUAUAUUUCCAUUAGACUUUGCAUGAGACUGUUUUACCGGAUGAAUCUUGACUGUCUAACAAUGGCAAAUGUGUGAAGAAUUUCUGUAUAUCAACAAAUAAACCAACCAAUUUUCCAAAAUUCUUAAUCGCAAGAGAAGAUAUUUAAAGUCAUAUGGAUGCGAAUUUGUAGUACAAAAGCCAGAAACGAUCGGUGCAGGAAGACUGCAGUAUAAAUCAUCCAGCACUGUAUGUGCAGAUCUUCCUGACUGUACUACGGUCACGUUUCUACUUUUUUUUUUGUACUAUGCAGUGCUGUCUUUUUCUUAAGUAUUGCAAUGCCGUGGUCUGUCAACAUGUUACAGUACAAAUGGUAAAAGCGUAAAUCUUUAGCCACAUUGUAGAUCAGAACACCCCCCUUAGAGUACACUGAUAUAUUGACAUGAGUAAACAAUUUCACUCUUAUUCAAUUUACACACAAAUGUCAAAGAAAAAAAAUAUUGUCUGCAACCUCCUUAAACAUAAUGUUCAUAUUGGGUCUAGUAUAAAUAUAGUUGAAACCAGAUCUUUACAUACGCUUUUGAGAAAUCUUGUCAGUGUUAUAUGAAGUCAGACUAAACCUCUCCUGUUUCAGGUCAAUUAGGAUAACCAUCAUUGCUUCUAUUUGCUAAAUACAAAAAUAAUGAGUGAGUGAUGGAUAAUUUUUCAAGGCCAUUUUUCAUUACUUUGUUCUCAAAUCACGUGAUUGUAUACAAGAAUAUUACUAUGGCUUUUAACUAUUUGGGAAAAUCCAUGUAAUGAUACAUUUGUUUGGAAGCUUCUGACAGGUUUCCUGUCCACAUUUGAGUUAGAGACAGACCUCUGGAUGUAUUCAUAUUGGAUGCACAUGAAACACAAUCCUUCUUGGUGCCACAAAAAAAUCAACUGUACUACAAAGACGAGACAAGACGAGAUGAGAAGAUAAUCCUUGAGUGCAAUUUCCAUAUAUCUGAAGAGAUGAAUAUGCUUUGGUCUGAAAUGUGCAUAUCAACCUAAGAAUAAAGGAAAAUACCUUGUGAAGAUGGUGGCUGAAAUUUUCAAGAGUGCCUCUUUGUGUCAGGCGCAAUUUUCCUCUGUAGAGCACCGUGGAGCAGAGCAAAGCAUCUGGAACUCAGGAAUGUGAGGACGGUCACAUGAUUAUUGAGGCCAUGGAGCCAGUGUUUCAUCCAAAAUACUAGACAAAGAUAAAGAAAAGGACUUCCCAUCAGUUGGUACUGGUGGGGACCUCUUGUGCGUCACGCACGGCAUAAAUAGAGGCUGCAGCACGCAGCUCGUCCGACACUCUGGACAAGCUUCCACAUCUCUUCACACGAAGCCUCCCGAUUAACAUUUUUUUUUCUUUUUAAAGCAUUGUUUUCUUUUUUUCAUUGGGCUUCUCACAUCCUGCUCCCUCCUCUGUCUCUGGAUGUUAUGGCCAGUUCAGCACUGCAGCUUCUCGGGUUCUUCCUGUCACUGAUUGGCGUGGUUUCCACAAUGACUGCUACGAUCAUGGUGGAGUGGAAGAUGCACGGCCAUUCGCAUCGGAUCUACGAGGGCCUGUGGAUGACCUGCAGCGUCGGUCACAGGACCACCUGUGAAGUUCACGACUCUCUUCUAAAACUGUCAAAUCAGGUGCAGAUAACCAGGGGUAUUCUGCUUUUGAGCGUGUUCCUGUCAGUCGUGGCAUUAAUGGUCUCCACUAUCGGAAUGAAGUGCACCCGCUUUAUGGAAGGCAGAACCACUGCCAAGGGCGCAGCGGCUAGGAUUGGAGGGAUUAUGUUCAUGGCCGCAGGUGUCAUGACGUUCGUCAUAACUUCCUGGUAUGUGAAGAAGAUAGUUGCAGACUUCCAUCAUUCCCAUCAUCUCCACAGCUUUGAGUUUGGCAAGGCGGUGUUUGUGAGCUGGGCAGGCGGCUUCCUCACGAUGUUCGGCGGAGCCUUCCUGACCUGUCAGAGGUGCUCGAGGUCGUCGUCGUCCAGGUCUAUAAGCUCCAACCGCCUCGUCCAAACCAACAAGGCCAACAGCAACUACGUGUAGUCUACAGGAAGGAUCCACGAUUAUGGUCGUUGUCAUGACUACCGAUGAAUUGCUAUUAAUCAUCAGUACAUUGUCUUAAAAUGACUCCUACCUACAUUGCACUGGGUUUUUGAUUUACAGUGGAACCUCCAAAGUCGAACGAGUUCAAGCUAAAUUUGCUGGAAGUAUAUCGGACAUCCAUCCAAUUUCUUGGCCGCUUAUCCUGACAAGGGUCACGUGAACUAUAUAGGUCAUGUUCAUAUAAUUUGAUCAACAACAGUAAAGACCAUUGUGGAAAAAACAAAAAUCUAAUUUAGCAAUGUUGUUAUGCCGCCUUGUUUUUUUUUUAUGGCAAACAAUCUCACGUGAUGAGAGCAAGUCUUAAAAUCCUAGUUUCAAAAGUUAUUGAUGAGCUCAAAGUUUAGACAGUAACAGUAAAGUCAAUCCUUUUUUUUUGAGAGCAAAUGAUGGUGUGUCACAUGGAAAUGAAUUUCUUUUUAUGUGGGUCAAGACAAACAUGAAUCACCCCAAAGACAUAGCUUCAUAAAAUGCAAGUGAGUUGCAUAUUUACAUGCCUUACGUGAAUGAUCCUGACUGCGAAAGAAACCUUAAACACUUUUGUCGCUAUACAAUCGUCGUAACGGUAUAAAUAUGCAAUAGUUCUGACAUUAUCACAAAAUCAUUCCUAGUCAUUCAUAUCUCAGAAUUAAAACGAUAUACUGUGUAUAGCUGUCUGGUAUUGAGUGAAUGCAAAAUGGCUGCCUCAUUUUAGCACUUAACCUCACAGAUCCCUCUGGUGUAUCGCAACAAUAUAAUGAGGUGGGAUUUUUAAAUGCUUCACUCAGUUGUUGAGAUAUAGCGUUAAACAGUUUUUGGUCAUUUCAGUUUACCUGAAAGGUGUGUGUGUGGUGGUGGUGGGGUAUGAAAUGGUGUCACUAAACACUCUUUGGAGCUGGACAUGAUUGGCCCCUCUCUUACUAAUGAAGAGCUUGAGUGGCUUUGUUCAUAUCAGCUGUUGUACCUGUGGCGCAGUUCUGACAUGCAGUUAGUUAGCUCGCUAUCCCUACAAAUGGUAAAACCGCACUUCUAUGGCGUUUUAGCUCCACUAUUACAUUGCCCAACAUGCUUUACAAAGCUUCACAUUCACCCAUUCACACGCCAAUGGGCCGCUGCUGCCAUGCAAGACGCUGCCAGGGGCACUGGAAGCAAAUUAGAGUUGAGUGUCUUGCCCAGUUGCCCACUUUGACGUGUGGACAGUCGGAGCCGGGGUUUGAACCAGUUACCCUUUGAUCACUGCACAAUCUGCUCUACCUACUGCUCCACAGCCCAAAAAAUGAAUCUUCCCUUCUGAUCAUCUGUGGGUGUGGCUGCUUUGGAGCGCCUUAUUGUCAACCGUGAGUGUGUAUCAAGCAGGAAAAGGUCUUUUUUAUAAGUCUGAGAUGACAACUUGUGUAUGGAUCGGGGUUUCGCGCUGGUUUGGUAAUUUUUGAUGCACCUCAUUGCCAGCUAAGCAGAUAUAUAUUUGUAGUUAUGUAGCCAUAAGAAAGAUGAGGUAGCAUUGAUUUUUCAGGGUUAUAAAAGUGAUAUUUGAUUGACACUUUGAAGUUGAGAAGGACGUGGUUUGGUGAAGAAGCCCAAAGCAUUUGGGAGCAGAAAGUACUGCUUAAUUUUUUCACAAUUUCAAAGUCUAAUUUUAUAUAGUAGGUGAUUUUGUUUUUUCAGAUUUUGCAGGAUGCUAACACUUUUUUUGUGGUGUGUCAAGUUCUGCAUACAUAUUUAUGUUGACAGAGACUUCAAUGAUUAACUCCACAAAUGUCUUUUGUGGUGGUGGGGGCAGGGGUGUAAUGACAAAAGGGGCGAAGUCAAAGUGAUCAUCAUAGAAACGCUUGAACUGUCUCCAAUGGGUGACUAGUUUGACUUUAGUAUGAGUUGAUUAUAAACAGCGUAAUUUCUCAUCACUAUUGCCAAAACAUGAAUACAUCGCCUAUUCAGUCAAUAAAGGAUUUAUGAGUUUAUUGAUUUGAGAAUACUUUCCUAUUGGAAUUGUUGUUUUGAAAUCAGAGCACUUCAGAAAUCACCCGGCAUCACAACAGAUUACGUUCAACUUUAGAGAUUCUAUAUGUACAAAUGUAAUACUCAACUCUAAAUUUCUCUUCAUGUUUUUUUUUUUUUUUGUUAGGUUUGGACAGGUUUGUGUACAGCAUUGUAUAAGAAAUAAAACAUUGAGUUUAUCUUUACUUUGAUUUUACUUCCAGAGCGGCUAGUGCAACUCUUCUUGGACAGGGAGUGGCAGUUUCCAGAUAAGAUGUCCCUGCACUUCUGGGGAUAGAGUAGAGCAAUUACAUGAGACAUGAGACAGAGAUGUGACAAAACACAAUCAGAUUGGACAGAGCAAUUAGACAAUGCUGGGGGGAGCGUGCGUGUGUGUGUUUGUGUUGAUACUCCCGACCGGAAAUUCAUCACAAUCUCUCGUUUAAUCUCUCGUGCAAUGAUAGAUUUGUAUGUGAAGUGAUAUUCCUUCCUGGUAUAUCAUCAGAUGGAAAUACUGUAUGAAUCUAUCAGCUAAGCCCAUGUUGUCAUUUUUUUUACUGUGGAUAUUUUACGUUUGGAAAUGUUUUAUUCUAGACAAUGUCAUAUAUUUUAGCAAAUUGAAGCAUUGAAUAAUUGAACAGCAACAAAAGAUAGCUUGAUAUGUUAUUCUUUUAUCAAUUUCACAUGUCUGUUUUAUUGCUUGCUGGCUUAUGAAUGAAAAAUGUUUCAUAGAAAUGUCUCAGCGAUGCAGUCAUUCCUUUUCCUUUUAAUUAUUUGAACAUGUCUAGCCAAUGUGCCUUGGCUCUCCCAAAGAGCAGGUAAAUCUUCCACAUUUUGGAUGUAAAUAGAAAACCUCAAAGCAACCUAAUUGGCCACUCUUUUUUUUUUUUUUAAGUGCUCCGGCCUUUCAGCAGUAAUUGACAGAACAAAUAAUGGCUCAUUGCUUACGUUCGCAAAAGGUGAAACUGACAUAGACCAAAUAUUUUGAUUAAAUUAGCUAGAGCUAAGCGCCCUUAGCUCCCUUGAAAGGAAGUACAUUGACUAAAUGUAACCCUAAAUUAGGAUUAUGAGGUAAAUAGAUACAGUAAGGUAGGUUAGGUUCUUAACAUAGAUAAAUGACUAGAACACCAACAAAUUAGUUUGAAAAGCUAUGAACGACAUGGAUUAAUUUUCCAUUCAGUUAGUGAUGAUAUGAAUGUUUUGUUGUUGUGCCUAAGCACCUGACCCUUUGCCCUUGAUGACAAAACUUUUGUCAUUUAAUUUUUUUUUCAUGUGUUUGCGAGUGUGUGAGCCUGUCUGGUUCCUUUCAU